UAUUUGUACACUCAAAACUCCAUCGAUUGCGAAUUAGAGUUUGGAAAAGCUGGGAAAGAAAGGGGAAAUGGAGGCGGAAAGGAAGGUGGUGGUGGCUGCUCUCCAAUUUACUUGCUCCGACUCCGUCUCCGACAACGUUGAUACAGCUGAAAGGUUGGUCAGGGAUGCUCACAAGAAGGGUGCAAAAAUUGUUCUCAUUCAGGAAUUAUUUGAAGGCUAUUACUUUUGUCAGGCUCAGAGGGAGGAUUUCUUUCAGCGCGCUAAGCCUUAUGAAAACCAUCCAACAAUUUCAAGGAUGAAGAAACUUGCAAAGGAAUUAGGUGUUGUCAUACCUGUGAGCUUUUUUGAAGAAGCAAAUAAUGCCCAUUAUAAUUCGGUAGCUAUAAUUGAUGCUGAUGGAACAGACCUUGGACUUUAUAGGAAAUCACAUAUUCCUGACGGGCCAGGAUAUCAGGAAAAAUAUUACUUCAAUCCGGGCGAUACUGGUUUCAAGGUUUUUUCUACCAAGUUUGCCAAAAUUGGAAUUGCAAUAUGUUGGGAUCAAUGGUUCCCUGAGGCUGCAAGGGCUAUGGUUCUGCAAGGUGCUGAGAUACUCUUUUACCCGACUGCUAUAGGAUCUGAACCUCAAGAUUCUGAACUCGAUUCUAGAGAACACUGGAAGCGCGUUAUGUGCGGCCAUGCCGGAGCGAACUUGGUUCCUCUUGUGGCCUCUAAUAGAAUAGGAAAGGAAACAAUUGAAACAGAACAUGGUGAUAGCACAAUAAGAUUCUAUGGAAAUUCAUUUAUAGCAGGACCGACUGGGGAAAUUCUGGCUGUUGCGAAUGAUGAAGAUGAAGCUGUUUUAACAGCUGAGCUCAACCUGGAUAAGAUCAAGUCCCAGAGGCAUAGCUGGGGGGUUUUCAGGGACCGGCGCCCAGAUUUAUAUGAGGUUCUCCUAACGUUAGAUGGAACCAGAAAAUCAUCAUCAG